GUCCAACUUUGCAUAAGGAGAAUAGAAACGUUGUCGUAAGAUCGCGAUGAAGUCCGCAUAAUUUUAAAUAACGAAUUAUCAGAGAGCUGAUGCUCAUUUCGGCUUUCGAUUUUUUUAUUCAUACGCGUGAAGCAGAAAGUCAUGAUCGAGGCAGGACCCUGCUCUCUCAGGCAACCUAAUUAGUGAUUAAGAUUAAUAACAAUGCCCAACACUGAGUCGUGCAUAGACUUGAAGUCUCUCAUCUCAUGUUGAGCCCCAAGGAAUCCAUGUCACAAAGCGCUGACUGAAAACUUAUGCAAGUGAACGGAUUGAAAUAGGCCUAAUUUGGCAGUGGGUUCCUUUCCGAAUAGCAAACAAAUGAAACAUAGCAAUACACGGACAAAAGACUGAGAAAGACAGAAAGUUAGCUGAAUGUUCCUUGAACUGACCCAGCGAAACAAAAGCUAUUGUAGUGAGGCUUAAUAUCAUCGUAAAGACGUUUGCUUCCUGUUCCGUUUUUUCCCAGAAGCGAUCACAGUGAAGAUCACGUGAUGAUCAGGAGGCUAGGAAAGUUGCAGAGUUCAAACCUCAAUCGUCGACAUUUCGGUGUGCAUUUGUAGGAAAAGUUGGACCGAAGAUCUUUCAUUUGGCAAUGGAAAAUUCAGGUAAGAUCGUUAGGGUCUAUUUACCUUUGUUCAGCUUCGUUGAGUUUAGUCGUCGACGUGUCAAAGCAGGGUAAGAAGUCGAGGGAUCAGUUGGCGCCAUCAUGGAAAACUGAUUCGUUCAGGAUCAUGUAAAAUGAAGUGAAGCUUGGCUGUUUUUCCGGCAUAGUAGAUCUCAGUCCAGGUGGAAACAGUGUCUAUUAAUUCCGCAUUUAGUCACUGUAAAGUGCUGCUCUUUCUCUUCUCGAAGCUAUGCGUGCUUCAACGGGUUAGAUCGAUUUAAGGAUAUCGUGUGGCCUGUCGAGAGGCAGUGUUGAUGAACACGCCACUGAUGUGCAGUAAAUAAGCUCUUCCAGGGUGAGCAAUAUCGGUGCUUCUGGGCUUUCAUUUGGAUCAAUCCGUUUGGCUUUGAGCCUCAAAGUAGGAGCUCAGCUCCUGGCUGUUAAAAGAUUAUUAUAGGGGUUGCGUAAAUGAUAUGUUCGAUACGGUUCUUUAAGCAGAUCGAUUGAUUAACCACCCUUGUUACCAGCUUUGAUUACAUGCUUUUCAUCGUGACAUUUUCUUUUGCGUAGCAAUUAAAACUUCGAAUUUCAUUUGCAAUCUCUCUUUCUCGAUUCAUUGAAGUAAUCCAUUUUAGAAAACCGCCGGGUUUUUCAUGAAACACUGGAUAGUUUCACAUUGUAACAUACAGUGAAGGAAUGUGGAUCAUAACCGGCUUGGCACGUUUGUUUUAGAUAUUUGGUAAAUAAUUCAGCCACGCUCGACUGUCUUUCUUUUAGCAACAAAGAUCAAAACCAGACAAAUUAACAUACAAGCCUUAAAGGAAACCUAACUAAUUCAUUUUUAAGCUGUCUUUUGUUUCAACUUCAAGGUCAAAAUGCAGAAGCGUGACAGCUUAUUAAGAGCCAUAGUUUGCAUAACAAAUUUUACCUUAUGGCUUGUAACAUAACCCUUCCCUGAUAACUUGCUGGGGGGGGGUGGGAGGUUGCGUGACAAUUUCAAGGAACGGUGAAGUAGAAGAAAAAGGAAAAGGAAAAAACACCAAGAAACAAAAACAAAACAAAAGUUUACUGGUUUUCUUUAGUGAAUCCUAAGUAUCGACACAUUUUAGUAGCCCUCGUGCACAAUUAUGCACCCUCAAGCCUCACUUACAAGGGAUAUUCUGACACUUUCUUGUUCUUUUCGAACGCGUACUCUUUUGAUAUUAGUGCUUUGUACAUUUUCUUUCAUGAAAAAUUCACUGGUUCGGACAUUUAAAACAAGCUGAUGAUUAUUUUGGCUAUUCUAACUAAGAUGAAAAUUAUACAUUCGAACUAAUGUAAUGAAAUACGCUUGUCUCGUUUGUUCAUAUAAACAAGGGAAACUAAAAUAAGUAGACUGAGGUUUUAGAGACAAUGUUCAUUACACGAAGAAACAUUUGGGAAUUUAUUCCUGUUUGUUUUCUCUUUUUUUCCAGGCUUCUGGGAAGACGAAAUGAGUAAUUGCCCCAACUUAACCAAUAGCUCUACUGCUUCCGACAUGACUCUUCCCGAGGCCUAUACAGCCUUUACAAUGUCCUUCUUAACCGUACUGGGAAACGGUUUAGUGGUUGUCGCAAUAGCAAAGGAUCCAUUCAGAGAACUGAGAACCAUCCCAAACUACUUAAUCCUGAAUCUAGCGGUAUGUGACCUUAUCGUGGGCAUUCCGUGUGAGCUGUUGCUAGGCCUUCUUCAUUACUUUGCUUUCCAGGAAUACGAACACUUCCAUCUGGCUGUGUAUACUCUGAUGUAUUUCUCCAUGGUGGCGUCUGCCCUGACUAUUUUGACCCUGGCGUUUGAACGUUACAUAGUGGUAGCAGCGCCACUUCAUAGCAAAGAUUACCUCAUAUACUCUCAUCCAAAACUGGCUAUAGCCUAUAUUUGGCUCAUUGCUGCGACUGUCGCGCUGCUUUCACUGCUUAACAAUGGCAACACAACAGAGUUUCGAUUAAUCGUUACAGAUGCAAUUGGUAUUCCAACCAUGAUUUUCAUGAUUCUUUUAUACCAACGAAUAUUUUACUUGGUCCGAAGAUGCAUUCGUCAAGAUUUCGAAGAAAGUACUGGUAGUCGCGUGAGCCUGGUGCGAAAUAUGCCGCAAUUGUUUGUGGGCAUUGACAGGCGAGAAAGAGAGGUGGCUGUAUCCGUGUUCCUCUUUGUCGGUGUCUUUUUCUUGUGCUGGGCUCCCUGUUUUGUCAUGGAAAAUAUCCUUUUCUUCGGUUACGUCAACAAAAGUAAUAACAUAAGAGAUGAGCUCAAAAGAGUCAUAGACUGGGCCAGGUUUUUAGGACUACUGAAUUCCAUGCUGAACCCCGUAAUUUAUGCAUUGAGAUACGAUAAGUUUCGGAACGCAGUGAAAGCUAUACUCUGUUCAUCAUGUUAUCCCACAUACGUGAGCCCACGGUGGUAAUGAAUAGGUCAGUUAGAACAGGAGUACGUCUCCUUUGGGACACCUGCGUUUAAAAAACAAGGACACAAAUAUUGGCUUCAAAUGAAAAAGAAAAAUGUUCCUGCAACUUUUUCGCUGAAGGAACCUCUGCUUUGGAGCACCUUUGUUCAAAACAACGGGAUGCAAAUUUUGACUCCGAAUGAAAAAAAAAAUGUUCCUGUAACUUUGAUAUUGUUGUCCUUUCGCUGAAGAAACCUCUGUUUUGGAGCACCUUUCUUCAAAACAACGGGAUGCAAAUUUUGACUCCAAGUGAAAAAAAAAAAAAAAAAAAUUUCCCGUAACCGUUGUAUUGGUGUCCUUCACUAAGGUGAAGCCUUCAUUCAGGGAAACACAUUUCCAUAUCUUGAAAGUGUCCAAUGGAUAAAGGCUCCACCAUUACUCGAUUCUCUUUGUCCAGUACCUUCAUUUUAGGUCUUGAUAUACAAACCGAACGUUUACGACUUAAUGACCUUCGUAAGUCUUCGUUGGGUUUGAUAAUAAUUAAUUUUCGAACACAUUCGGUACGAAUUUAAAACUCAGAUAAAUUGGUAAAUGAAUUAAAUGGAUAAGAUUGAAAUGAUAGUGAUUAAGAACACACUCGUGAAAAAUAUUUAGUGUCUUUGAAUCUUUUGCUUUAAUUUGGACUAAUAAAUAAUAGUGUUUUAUGUCACUUAAGAGUCAUACCACCGGAGUGAAACUUACUUUUUUGUCUAUUGGCAGUUUUGUCUCCAGAAUAUUGAGAUGCAAGAAUCGAACUUAUGUUUUUUUUUAGCAGGUUGCAGAAAAUGCAAUUUGGAAAAAAGAUUUCAGAGUUGAUAUGUUGAGGGGGGAGGGGGGUGGGGCUAGAGUACCUGACUCGCUCCAGACUCACUCCUACUCACCUCUUCGCGUGUUUUUAACCCUUUGACCCCUUAAGAGUGACCAGAAUCUAAUUUCUCCUUUCAUUAUCACCCCUGGGUCAAAUAUUCAGGUCACAAGAAAAGAGAAAAUGAUCAUCAACUGAAGGAGCUCUUGAUUGUUAAACAAAUUCUCCUCAUUAGCACCUAAGGAAAUGUAUAGAGAACAGUAUGGAGAAUAUGCAUUCUGAUGUUGGGGGUAUAAAGGGUUGAAGCAUGAAGAUACUUAAGAAGCCGGUCAUUUUUUAACAUCUGCGGGGGAGGGGGGGGCGUGGGUUGCAGAAUUCU